AUGGCCGACCUGAUCAACAGCAGCUUCCUGGACUACGAGGUUCCCGUGGAGGAGGUCCCAGACACCACGCAGGGCCCGGCCUUCUUCGGGGCCACCAUCGUCAUCGCCGUGGUCCUGGUGGUCAUCAUGCUGGUGUGCGGCGUCGGGAACUGCGUGUUCAUCGCCAGCCUGGCCCGCUACAAGCAGCUGAGGAACCUGACCAACCUGCUGAUCGCCAACCUGGCGGUGUCUGACGUGCUGGUGGCGGCGGUGUGCUGCCCCUUCCUGCUCGACUACUACGUGGUGAAGCAGCUGUCCUGGGACCACGGCCUGCUGCUCUGCGCUGCCACCAACUACCUUCGCACCGUGUCGCUCUACGUGUCCACCAACUCUCUGCUGGCCAUCGCCGUGGACAGGUACAUGGCGAUCCUCCACCCUCUGAGGCCUCGGAUGAAGCACCAGACGGCGUACUGCGUGAUCCUGGCGGUCUGGAUCGUCCCCGUCUUCAUCUCCAUCCCGUCCGCCUACAUGGCCUCAGAGACCACCUAUCCUCACCUGGAAGGUCGCAGCCACAAGACGUUCUGCGCUCAGAUCUGGCCUGUGGAACAGCAGCUCUCCUACCGCUCCUACUUCCUGCUCAUCUUCGCUCUGGAGUUCGUGGCGCCCGUCAGUGCCAUGGCGGUCUGCUACGCCCACAUCUCCAGGGAGCUGUGGUUCAAGGACGUCCCAGGUUUCCAGACGGAGCAGAUCCGGAAGCGGCUACAGAGGCGGCGCCAGACGGUGGUGGUUCUGAUCCUGGUUCUGGUGGCCUACGUCCUGUGCUGGGCGCCGUACUACAGCUUCACCCUGCUGAGGGACUUCUACCCCACCCUGAUCUCCAGGGACAGGAACUCCUUGGUGGCCUUCUACAUCAUCGAGUGCAUCGCCAUGAGCAACGGCGUCAUCAACACGCUCAGCUUCGUUAGCGUCCGCAGCAACACCAGGCGCCUGAAGAAGGCGGCAAAGUUCCCUCCGAGGCUGGCGACGUUCGUCAAGUCGGCAGAUGAAGGGGAGACUCGGACGUCCUCUCUCAGAGUGGCAGAGGACGUGGAUGGAACCCUUCUCAGGUAGAACCAAAAGACGGAUGAGAACCUGAGAGAACCAAUCACAGAUCAGCUCACUGGACAGGAAGUCAGAACCUCCGAAUGAAACGCUCUGAUCAACUGUGUUCACCUUCAGCACUCCACAGCACUUAAUUAGGGUUCUUUAGUCAAAAAAAACUAAUUAAGGCUCUUUGAUGUCAAAGUGAAAACAGAUU